AUGGCCACCCAACGUCCCAACCUGCCAGCUACACACGCCACACUACCCCCCCCAUAUUCCUAUCAAACUUCCUUUUGCCUUGGUCCACCACUCCACCUCUGGAGUCUGGACUACUCAACAAAAGGUUGCCUUAGUACCUCUGGUGGGUGGGAAGUGGGACAACACUCACUGGGACUGUUCCUGGUAUUAAAUAUAGAUGACAUCGGAAAGACUGAACGAGAAAGCAACAGUUUAUCCCUUCGAACGCAGCUAUCUGCCACCAUGGCCCGCAUCGUAUCUCUCCCUGUGGAGAUCCUUGAAGAAAUCGGAGAAGUCAUCGGAAAUAGUUACUAUCCCGAGAAUCUCUUCGAUUAUCGAUUAACAUGCUCUCUCUUACGAGACACAAGCCUUCGGGCGUUCAAAGAUAAAUAUUUUUCUCGACGAAAUCAUCUCCUUACGGAAGAAAGCCUACUAUGUCUUUUAGACAUCGCUCGAGAUCCCGCACUUGGCCCUGCUAUCAAAAGCGUUACGUUCGCUACUGAUGGCGUUUGUUGUGGCGUCCAUACUAAGCAUACUGAUCUGUAUGACUCCGAUGACUCCGAUGUAAAAGGACCCACAGAGUUUAUCAAUGAACAGAAGUGUCGGAGAGACAAUGACGAGGAUAAGAUGUUACUGAGGGAGAUAUUUGCUCGGCUCAAACGGUGCACUGAGAUCGCAAUCGUUGGACCUCACUACGAACGGAUAUUUGAUCAUCUCCCUGAAAUGGACCCAACCCCAUGGGGCUUAAAACGCCUUCGUAAAAAUGUUAUUUAUGGGUAUCUCGAUGACUCAAGCGCCUCCUCAUAUGUGUACCGGAUAGUAAUAUCUGCCAUUUUGUGGAGCGAAAUACCCGUCAAGAGGCUACAUAUUGGUCCGCGCAACAACAUCGGCGGGAUUCUUCUUACUGAACUAGCUCUGCCAAACUUCUAUUACGACAUUCUCCGAGAGGUAUCCUUCAAACAGUUGGAGACUCUUGAGUUGGGUGUCGAUACCUCGUCGGGACCUAGUCUGUUUGUUUGGCAUUUUGUGUCUGGGUUCUUAAACACGGCGCCUGGUAUAUCGAGAUUGAUACUGUCUGACUCGACGCACUUGAGAAAACAGGUCGGGAAACGGUUAUUUCAAUUCCUUGCGAAGGAAGUCAACUUCAACCAUUUGAAAGAGCUAGAAUUGAACUCGUGGACACUAAACGUGGAUGAUCUGCUGAUUUUCCUGCGAAAGCAUGUCAACAGUAUCCGAUCCGUUUCCUUGGUGGGCAUACAACUUGUAGAUCCUUUGGAUCGAAGUAUUCGUGGCAAGAAUUGGAGUCGACUGGCUACUGCGCUGUUGGAACACUUCAAAAUUGAUCGGCUACUCAUUGCAGAGUGCAUGGUUCACGGAGAUUUCGCACUGGCUCAUGGCGACGAUGGCAAAGGGCCUCUGGAUAUAGAUGCAUCUGGGGAGACGGAGAUUGAGGAGGCAUUGAAUCAGCUUCUCCGUGCCAGAGGUGCUGUUAGCAGCUAA